UAGAGAUAUAAUAAAGAGUGAAUAAGAAGGAACAUCAGACAGAUAUCAUGGGUGCUUUCCUCCCUUGGUACACCUUCACCACUGUCAUUCUCCUUGUAAUUCAUGGAGGUUUGUGUGUGGAUAUUAUCGGAGGAUAUGAAGUAGAACCACACUCGAGACCAUUCAUGGCCCAAAUCAAGGGAUCUGAAGGAAUUAUUUGUGGAGGAGCUUUAAUUAAGGAAAACUGGGUGUUAACAGCUGCACAUUGUAAGGUUCCUCUCCUCAGGAAAAAAAGCAAAGUUAUUCUUGGAGCUCAUUCAUCAAAAAAAAGAGAAGAAGAACAGCAAGUUUUUCAGAUUGCAAAAGACAUUCCUUAUCCAUGCUACAAUCCCAGUACCAAGGAAAAUGACAUUAUGCUGUUGCAGCUUCAGGGAAGAGCCAAACUUAAUAAAGCUGUGCAACCAAUCCCCCUGCCUCCCUCAGAUGAUGAUCCCAAACCAGGAACAGUUUGCACAGUAGCAGGAUGGGGUUUGACUGGUAAUCGUCGAGGCAAGUUCCCUACUGCCCUGAUGGAAGUCAAUAUCACUGUCAUCAGGAGAGAAAUAUGCAAUGAUAAAAAUCAUUAUAAUGGCAAACCUGUCAUAACAGAGAACAUGAUAUGUGCAGGGGCUAAGAAUGGAGGAAAGGAUUCAUGUAAUGGGGACUCUGGUGGACCUUUAAGAUGUAAUAAUAUUAUGAGAGGCAUCACUUCAUUUGGGAAGCUGAAGAAAUGUGGCUUUGCUGGUAGCCCCGGUGUCUACGCUCGACUCACAAAGCGACACAUUGAGUGGAUAAGGAAAACCAUAGGUGGGGCUUAAUAGUUUGGGUUUGGGCCACAUGUAAAUGAAAUGGGCUUUUAAAAACAGCUUCAUUAGUCUGGUAAAAGAGGUAUUCUCAUGCUGAAUUUUGGCAGCUUGAUGGAGUUCUGCUACAACACCAUUUAUAGCUUAUACUAUCAAGUAUGGAAUCAUUGGGGGUAUUUGGGACUGAGGAUUCCAGCAGCCCUGUAGUGAAUGUUCACACAGAGCUCCACAUGGACUGGUAUUUCAAAUCACAGAUCUAAUCCUUGUUUGGGUUCUCACUCCUUGUUGAGUAUAUAUAGCACUCUUUUGUACCAGGACUUCUGCAUCUUCUGAUGUUAGUGGUGUGCUAGGUACAGACACCUAAAAACCUUCAUUCCUCUGCAGCAAAGCUCUUGAUUUUAUAGGUGUAGUGGAUUGCUAAGCUUCAGAAAAUUAAGUUGUAGCAACUUUGCAAUAUAAGUAUUAAUUUUCUGACUCUCUUGUAUUUGAAACCUCUAGAUUUUAUCCCUUUAUGUACUUUGCAUUUAAUAAAGCAAU